AUGAUGCUGCGAAAAAACAAUUGGAGUUUCUCUAGGGCGGAUUCAAGUUACUAUGCCAAUCCGGAGGUGCAAUUUUUGGAGUUGUUGACUUCGAUGGAGGAAACCUUGAAGCAAGUGGUUUGCGCAGUAGAGAGGAUUGAAUCUCGAUCGAUUUCAGAUGACAUUAGACAGCUGGACCUCCGGAUCUUCACUAAAGAGGGGAUUGCGAUGACUGAAGCUCAAUUUCUUGGUGGUGACUAUAGUGAGAAAGACAAGUUGGCGUGUGUUUCUGGUUUUUUUGGUGGUCAAGCAAAAUUUUGGUUCCACAAGGAACUAUCGUGGAUUCCGUUCCAUAGUUGGAGCCAGGUGAAGGAUGGUUUAUUGUUAACGUUUGGAAACAAUCGGGACAAAAAGCGAGUACUUAUGGAACUCGAUCUUGAAAUGAAACAUUGGAUCAAAGAUUUUGAUCGCAAGAGGGAGGCACAUAAAUUUCUUGAAUCAGAAGCUAUCGUUGAUACUGAAUUGUCGGGUGGAGGUGACUUGAUUGACAAAGAUUCACCGAUUCAGGAGAUCGCUCAAGUUCAAAGAAGGAAUUGA